AUGGGUUUUGCCUUGGUGCUAUUGUCCAUUUGCACUGUUAAUGCCAUUCUUCUUCUUCUCUGGUGCAGCAGUUGCAUGAGCUUGACAAAUGAAACGGAUCGGCUAGCUUUGCUGGCCUUCAAGGCUCGCAUAACCAAUGAUCCCUUUCAUGUUGUGAGCUCUUGGAAUGACUCUCUCCCCUAUUGCGAGUGGCCAGGCGUUAUAUGUGGAGGUCAUCGGCAUCCAAACAGGGUGAGAGCCUUGCGUUUACGGUCCUGUGGGUUGGUGGGAUCCAUGGCUCCAGAUAUAGGAAACCUCAGUUUCCUUCAAGAGAUUUCUCUCUACAACAAUAGCUUCUAUGGUGAAAUCCCUCAUGAAGUAAGCUUUCUGUUUAGGGUUCAUUAUUUAUUCCUAUACAACAAUUCAUUUGAAGGGGAAAUCCCACCCAAUAUAUCACAAUGCUCCAACCUUAUAAAACUCAGUUUUGGUUUCAACAACAUUGGGGGGAAAAUUCCUGUAAAACUUGGUUCCUUGUCUAAGCUUCAAGACCUUUCAUUCCAUUUCAAUAAACUGACAGGACAAAUCCCAGCUUCCUUUGGGAAUCUUUCAUCCCUUGAUACCAUUUCUGCAGCAUCCAAUGAUUUUAGUGGAAGUAUUCCAGAUACCCUUGGCCAAAUAACAAGAUUAAAGAUUCUUGCGCUUCCUGGAAAUAAGUUGUCUGGUACUAUCCCUGCCACUAUAUACAAUCUUUCCUCACUUACUGUUUUUGAUGUCGGAUAUAAUCAACUUCAAGGGAGUCUUCCAUCAAAUUUAGGCUUCAUUCUUCCUAAUCUGUUUUGGCUUUCUGUUUUGGGAAACCAGUUUCAUGGACCAAUUCCAAUUUCUGUGUCCAAUUUGUCCAAACUUGAACUACUUUUAGCUGGUGGAAAUAGUCUUACUAAGAAAGUGGCCAUUAACUUUGGAGGGCUAUCAAAACUGACUCGGCUUUCGUUGGCCUCAAAUCAUCUGGGAAGUGGAGAGGCAGAUGACCUGAAUUUUGUCAACACAUUGACCAACUGUAGUAGUUUAACACUUUUGGAGCUUGGUGAUAAUUGGUUUAGUGGUGUGCUCCCCAAAUCCAUAGCAAACUUAUCCACCCAAUUGACAGGGCUCUCACUGGAAAAAAGUCAAAUAUCUGGAGACAUCCCAAUUGGGAUAGAGAACCUUGUAGGCUUACAACUCUUGAGCCUAUCUGGUAACUUACUAAAAGGAAGUAUUCCGAAUUCAAUUGGGAGACUACAGCUGCUUCAUAAACUCUCUUUAUCUGGGAAUAGAUUCACAGGGCCAAUCCCUUCUUCUCUUGGAAACUUGACACUAUUGAUUGAGCUCUAUUUAGGAGACAAUCGCUUGCAAGGAAAAAUACCUUCAAGUAUUGGAAAAUGCAAAUAUUUGUUACGCUUGGGCCUUUCCGGUAAUAGUUUCAAUGGUACCAUCCCUAGAGAGAUAUUUGAUCUUUACACGUUAAUAGAGCUAAACUUGAGUAGAAAUUCUUUUUUUUCUUCUCUACCUUUGGAAGUGGGUCGAUUGACUAAUCUUGAAAUCCUAGAUGUUUCUGAGAACAUGUUGUCUAGGGAAAUUCCUAGCACCCUUGGUGCUUGUACAAGCCUAGAGUACCUUUUUAUGAAGGAAAACUUAUUUCAAGGAUCUAUACCAUCGUCUCUGAGUUCUCUAAGAGGUCUUCAAUAUUUAGAUAUUUCACACAACAACUUCACUGGUUUUAUCCCUAAAUAUUUGGGAACUUUUAAGUUGUUACAAUACUUAAAUUUAUCAUUUAAUCAUUUGGAGGGUGAAGUAUCAAUAGAUGGAGUCUUUCGAAAUUUGAGUGCAGUUUCAGUCAUUGGAAACAAUAAGCUUUGUGGAGGUAUAUCAGAACUUCAUUUGCCAACAUGCAAAACUCAAAAAUCAAAAGAAGAUGGUAGGCCUCAUGUUUUCAAGAUAAUAAUCGUCCUAUGUGGUUGUGGGGGCUCUCUAUGUUUGAUUGCUGGGACAUUUUUUUUCAUUACCUAUCGAAGAAGAAAAGAAAAGAAAGAAUCCACUUUACCUUUGAUAGAGGGUCGUCAUUUUAAGAUCUCAUAUGCUCAACUCCGUAAAGCUACCAAUGAGUUUUCUUCUACAAAUUUGAUUGGAGUGGGGAGUUUUGGUUAUGUGUACAAAGGAGUUCUCAAUCAUGGGAAAACUAUUGUUGCAGUAAAGGUCCUCAACAUUAGACAAAGAGGUGCUUCCAAGAGCUUCAUGGUUGAAUGUAAAUCCCUGAGAAACAUCCGGCAUCGUAAUCUUGUAAGAAUCUUAACAUCUUGUUCAAGUAUAGAUUUUGAAGGCAAUGAUUUUAAGGCUUUAGUUUAUGAGUUCAUGCCUGGUGGGAAUUUGGAGAGGUGGUUACAUCCAAAUACAAAUGGCUUACAAGAUGAACAAGGACAUUUAAAUCUUGUUCAAAGAUUGAAUAUUGCCAUUGAUAUGGCAAUUGCAUUGGAUUAUCUUCACCACCAUUGUCAUAUGCAAAUUAUUCAUUGUGAUCUAAAGCCAAGCAAUAUUCUUCUCGAUGGUGAUUUGACUGCACAUUUGGGUGAUUUCGGGAUAUCAAGAAUUCUUUCAGUAACCACAAAUAGAUCUCAAAAUCACACAAGCUCAAUCGGAAUAAAGGGAUCCCUUGGAUAUAUUGCACCAGAGUAUGGUGCUGGUGCUGAUGUUUCAAUGCAUGGUGAUGUCUAUAGUUAUGGGAUUCUCUUGCUAGAGAUGUUUACAGGGAAGCGGCCUACUCAUGAAAUGUUCAAAGAUAACUUUAAUCUUCAUUGCUGGGCUGAGAUGGCUUUGCAUGAUGGAGUGAUGGCUAUCGUUGAAACAUCACUUCUCCCCGUGGAAGGAGAUGAAGAAGAAGCAGCAACAACUGUGACCAGCAUCACUAGAAGUCAAAGAUGCAUGAAAGAUAGAGUGCAAGAGUGUCUUAAUUCAGUUAUUAGAAUUGGAGUUUCCUGCUCAGCUGAAUCACCAUGGGAUCGAAUGGACAUAAAUGACGUGGUCAAAGAGCUACAUCUAAUCAGGGAAAUUUAUCUUGGACUUUGGCACACCAGGGAAGAUGAACAAUAUUAACAGGGGCUGGGUUCACUAGUUGGAGUACAGAGGGAAAGAGACAGGAAGAUAUGGCCGGAAAGAUGGAGUCACAGAAAAAAGUCACAGCAGAUUUGAGAGAAACAUUUCUCCCCGAAGUGGACAGAGAUAUCUCUGUUUUUGGAAAAUAUGAAAUAGAUUGUCCAGGAACGUGCCCUUUUUGGUUUGGGCCAAACUCCACACAAAGAGACAAUGCUAUAUAUACAAUUUCAUUUUGAU